AUGGUGGAUAGCAAGAUCCCUGAGCCGGGCCCAGCCAAACUAAGGCGCAAUGCCGGCCCAGACGAAUGGCUCGAGGCAGCCAAGGACUGCAAGUACCUCUCCGAACAACACAUGAAGCAGCUGUGCGAGAUUGUCAAGGAGUACAUGAUGGAAGAAUCCAAUAUUCAGCCCGUCUCGACGCCCGUGACCGUCUGCGGCGAUAUCCACGGCCAGUUCUACGAUCUGCUGGAGCUUUUCCGGGUAUCGGGUGGCAUGCCCGACGGGUCGGGGGACGACGCUCCCACCACGCAGGCCUCGGUGAUCACGUCGGACGAUAUCGAGCCCCCGUCGACCAUCACGGAUCCUAAGCUACGGAAGAAAUUGAAAAACGCGUCGGCUCCGUCGGAAGAGGAUGAUGAGAAUAGUGUGAAUCGACAAAGUCAGUCCUCCAGCGCGGGGUCGAAUGAUCUACAGCUCAAGCGGAAUUUCGUGUUCCUGGGUGACUAUGUCGAUCGAGGAUACUUCAGUUUGGAGACCUUGACAUUGCUCCUGUGUCUCAAGGCCAAAUAUCCUGACCGGGUAACGUUGGUCCGUGGAAACCACGAGUCUCGUCAGAUCACGCAAGUGUACGGUUUCUAUGAGGAGUGUUUUCAAAAGUACGGGAAUGCCUCUGUAUGGAAGGCCUGCUGCCAGGUGUUCGACUUCAUGACAUUAGGUGCUAUCAUCGACGGACGGGUAUUGUGUGUGCAUGGUGGGCUGAGUCCCGAGAUCCGGACCCUCGACCAGGUUCGCGUGGUCGCGAGAGCGCAGGAGAUCCCGCACGAGGGUGCAUUCUGUGACCUUGUCUGGUCAGAUCCAGACGACGUGGAGACAUGGGCUGUUAGUCCCAGAGGAGCUGGUUGGCUGUUUGGAGACAAGGUUGCCGAUGAGUUCUGUCACGUCAAUGACUUGACGCUCAUAGCCCGCGCGCAUCAGCUGGUGAACGAGGGCUACAAGUACCACUUCGCGAACCAGAACGUGGUGACUGUCUGGAGUGCGCCCAACUACUGCUACCGGUGCGGCAAUCUGGCGUCUGUCUGCGAGAUCGGCGAGGAUCUGAAGCCCACAUUCAAGCUGUUCAGUGCUGUCAGCGAUGACCAACGACAUGUUCCCCCUUCGCGGCCGGGCCGCAGUGAGUACUUCUUGUAG